AUGGAGAACUUUAUAGAGAAUGAAGAACUAUUGGGCGUUGAUUCGCGCGGGCCAGGGCAAGGUAGGGCGCGCGACCCCGAACUCGUCGCGGGCAGCAUUAAAUGGGCGUUUUACUACUCGAAAGCUCGCGUCGAUGAGCAUCAGCUAGCGACGAAACUGAAAGAGAUGCUGAAGACAUCCACCGAUGUAGAGGUAAGUGUGCGGAAAGACGUUGCCGAGAUCAAGGGAACGCCGCACAAUACGAUGAAGAGGACUUGGUACCUGUUUGUGUACGGCGGGGACGUCCUCGCGCUCUCGGAUGCAUCGGUCAUCAACGGCGACACAAGUAGCGCAUGGGAUGAAUUGGGGCUUUACCCCUUCAAGGUCCCGUUCAGCUCGGAGCUGAUGGCCUCGGCAGCAGACGCGCUGGUGCCACACUGUCGUCCGGCAGUGCAGGUUUCGUUCUGUGCGUCAGUGCAGACGAAAUACCUCGACCGGUUCGACGUGGAGGCGGACGCGCGCGCGCUCCUGACGCAGGAUGCGCAGUGUCCCGUCAGCCGCGCGCUACUUGGGGCGCUCGCGGACCAGGUUGGCGUCACGAGCGCACUCGGCAUCAGCAGUGUCAGGCUGGCGUCAGAUGUAUACAUUUGCAGCGGCUAUACAAGGUUCCUAGGUACGUGCUCGCGGCGCGGGACCGCCGCCAUCGCCCCGGCGGUGCGCUCGGCUGUCUGCCGGGGUGCCAGCGCCGCCUAA